AUGCUAAUUGACCUCACUCUGGACUCAGAUUCCGAGGAUCACCCUCGGCCCCUUCUCAAGAGUCUUAAUGGUCACCAGGCACUGGCGCAGCGCACUCUUCCUUUCUCUCCUAGCACUAAGAACUCUACUAUCCCUCUGAAGAGAAAGUCAGAUGUAGAGGAUCUCGCUGAUACCACUUCGGAGUCUUCAUACAAGAGUGCGGUUGCGCAGCCAGCCCCCCAGACUAGCGUCACCAGUUUUGCUGCUUUCAAUCAAGAUGACUCCUAUGAGAACCUGGUCAAGUCAUUCAAGCAGAGAGCCCCAGGCCCUGCUCCCCAGGGAGGGCAGGCACCCCAAUUGGGCACAUUUCCAGGCUCGCGCAAAAGCUCACGUACAGGCUCAACCCCUCGCUCUGGCUCCCAUUCAGCCCCAUAUACACCAAGCCCGGCACCGGAGGCCAUUAAAGUGGUCAUCCCGUCACCAUCAGCGCAGCUGAAAAGAGAAAUCAAUUCUGCCGAGCUGAUCUCCGAGUCAGAGCUUAAUUCUGGUACUGAGAUGACUGGAAUGUCUGAAAAGUACUACCCUACAGACGCCCAUGAACAACGUGCAAUGAACGGGGCUUAUCCGGCUGCCCGCAAGACCAACCGCGCUGUUGUCCCUUUGGUUAUUGGUACCCCAGGCCCCUUUCUCACAGAGAAACACAGACGGCCUGUCAUAGACCUUCUAUGCAAGAAUCUCAGGAAGAAACUAUCUUCUAUCAGGGGCCCCACCGUAUCUGUGACAAAAGGGGACGAGAAGCGCCUGGCAGAAACAACAUCCAGCUUUGAGUUUAUUAAUGAGUACAAAAUCCGCGAGGGCGUUGCCUCUAUUGGCAAGGAAUUCCAGUCUGGCUGCAGUUGUAACACCAUCUGUCUGCCUGAUAAAUGCCAGUGCCUUGCGCAGGAAGAGGAUUCGGAUGAGCGGAUCAUUGCAUACAAACGCGCCCCUGACAAUGACCGGUUCAUGGUUCUGCGGCCGGAAUUCAUGAAGAGGACCUCUAUGAUUUUUGAGUGUAAUUCGCUUUGUGGAUGUGAGAAGAAAUGCUGGAACCGCGUUAUUCAGCUUGGAAGGACUAUUCGGUUUGAGAUCUUCUAUACGGGGACGAGGGGUUUCGGCCUCCGCUCCCCCGACCACAUCCGCGCGGGCCAAUUCAUAGACCUAUAUCUAGGCGAGGUCAUCACAACCGAAAAGGCAGACCAGCGCGAGAAAAUCGCCAACGCGCGCAAUGCCCCCUCGUACCUUUUCAACCUUGACUUCCUAAUCGACGACGAUUCCAGCUACGUCGUCGACGGGGCAAACUACGGCGGCGCCACUCGCUUUAUCAACCACUCCUGCAACCCUAACUGCCGCAUGUUUGCGGUAUCACGCACCCAAGGCGACGACUACCUCUAUGAUUUGGCAUUCUUUGCCCUAAGGGAAAUCAAGCCAGGUACAGAGUUAACAUUCGAUUAUAACCCGAAAAUGGAGCGAGUCGACAAGCCCGAUCCGAACGCUGUGCCUUGUCUUUGUGGCGAGCCGAACUGCCGCGGCCAGCUGUGGGCUAAUGAGAGGAAGAAGGCGAGAUAG